UUUAGGGCCAACCGGAGUUCAGGUUACCGUCAUUCCUCAUGCGCUCUUCGCGUUGUCUCUGUCUUCAAAAGACAACAUUUGGACGAAGGGCAGACCACCUCCACUUCAGGGAAAACGGAUACUUUUGCAGAUAAGCAUUCCAUGUUGCUUAAUUUGAAUGGAAGAAGGCGCCAUCAAGUCAAGUGGUGUCCAAGCUACCACUUCAAACAGAACGGCCUCGUCUCGCUCUCAAGUCAAUCGUUUGCUACUUCCUUAUAGUUAUAGCAGCUAGAUUUUUUUUAUUUUUUUACAAGGAUUUGAACUCCAGCCAGCGGUGGGUCUAAGUUAGCUAGCUAACUGAAAACGCAGUUAUUAACCUUUUGAAUAGCAAGAAGUGGUUUAUAUUUUAAGCUAUUUUCUAACGCGUUGAAUAGCUGAUGUCGCUAAAGUUAGCUAGCUGCUAUCUCGUUUCUUUUGGGUUCCACUGCCUGGAAAUAUUGCUUGGAUUUGCAACCAGCUAAGUUAACGUUGGCUAGCUUGACAGUUAGCUAACGUCAUUAUCUCAGUUAACGUACUGUAUUGCUUUCCUAUGCAUUAAUCGAGAGUCGACUUCUAAAGUAGCUAGGAGGCUAAAGAAGCAUCCUUAAAAAAGGAAGUAAGAAUGAACUAUGCCAGUUGUACCAUUGUUUUUCUUCAAUACCAUGCAGUGAGAGGGUGACUCACUGGAGGCUUUUUUUUAAAUUGCACGUAGUAGUUUGAGCAGCAGUAAGCACGAACAAAUAGCGCAAUUUAUCGUCAAUACCAUUCUUCGCAGCUUUGCCAUCUUUUGUCUCGUAUUUCGAUAGAUAGCUAGCCAGCUGACUCGAGGGCAAAAUGAUUCCAGACAAAGCACCGAAGGAGGACGUAUUUCAUGCAGGAGGAGACUUAAAGAAGGAUGCUCAUGUACCCAACUUUGAGAAGUACAAAGAACUCUACCUGAAAUCUAUUGAAAAUCCAGAUGCAUUCUGGGGUGACAUUGCAAAAGACUUCUACUGGAAGUCGAAGCACAAGGGCCAGUUCAUGGACUACAACUUUGACGUGACGAAGGGGGAGAUCUACAUCAAGUGCAUGGAGGGGGCCACCACCAACAUCUGCUACAAUGUCCUGGACUGUAACGUUCACGAGAAGAGGCUAGGGGACAAAGUGGCAUUCUACUGGGAAGGGAACGAGCCUGGCGACGAGAGCACGGUGACAUACAGAGAGCUGCUCCAGCAGGUUUGCCAGUUUGCCAAUGUGCUCAAGUCCCAGGGGGUGAAGAAGGGCGACCGCGUGUCCAUCUACAUGCCAAUGGUGGUGGAGCUGGUGGUGGCCAUGCUGGCCUGUGUCCGCAUCGGGGCUGUGCACUCAAUCGUGUUUGCAGGCUUUUCGGCAGAGUCGCUGUGCGAAAGGAUCCUGGACUCCCAGUGCUCGUUGCUGAUCACGGCCGAUGGCUUCUACAGAGGAGAUAAGCUCAUCAACCUGAAGGUGAUCGCUGACGACGCACUACAGAAAUGCAGGGACAAGAGUUUCCCAGUACAGAGGUGUAUCAUGCUUAAACACCUGUCCAAGGAGGUGGAGGCCAUUCCCCUCAGCUCUCAGUCUCCCCCAGCCAAGCGGCCCUGUCCUGACCUGCAGCAGGAGAAACAGAAAGACAGAGUAAAGAAAAUCCAUCCCGUCCCUCAGGUGCCGUGGAACCCUGAGGUGGAUCAGUGCUGGCUCAGCCUGCUGAGUGGUGUGUCUGAGGAAUGUGAACCAGAGUGGUGUGACUCUGAGGAUCCCCUCUUCAUCCUCUACACCAGCGGCUCCACCGGGAAACCCAAGGGUGUGCUGCACACGAUCGGUGGCUAUAUGCUCUACGUGGCCACCACCUUCAAACUGGUGUUUGACUACCAUCCUGAUGAUGUGUACUGGUGCACGGCCGACAUCGGCUGGAUCACGGGCCACUCCUACAUCACCUACGGGCCCCUGGCUAACGGGGCCACCAGUGUCCUGUUCGAGGGUCUGCCCACCUAUCCGGACGUCAGCCGCAUGUGGGAGAUAGUCGACAAGUACCAAGUCACCAAGUUCUACACGGCGCCCACAGCCAUCCGCCUCCUCAUGAAAUAUGGGAGUGAGCCCGUCCAGAAGCUGUUGGCAGUAGGUGCACCUGUUUCAGCUGCUCUGUGUACCGGGUACAAGCGGGAUUCUCUGAAGGUGCUGGGGACUGUGGGGGAGCCCAUCAACCCGGAGGCGUGGCAGUGGUACUACAGCGUGGUGGGGGAGAAGAGGUGCCCCGUGGUCGACACCUUCUGGCAGACUGAGACCGGUGGCCACGUGUUGACUCCUCUACCUGCUGCCACGCCCAUGAAGCCUGGCUCUGCUACGUUUCCUUUCUUUGGAGUUGUCCCUGCCAUUUUGAAUGAGUCUGGGGAGGAGCUUGAGGGACCAAGCGAGGGUUACCUGGUGUUCAAACAGCCCUGGCCAGGAGUCAUGAGGACUGUGUAUGGGAACCACCAGAGGUUUGAGACCACCUACUUCGAGCAAUUCCCAGGAUACUACGUCACUGGUGACGGUUGCCGUAGAGAUAAGGACGGGUAUUACUGGAUCACAGGGAGGAUAGAUGACAUGUUGAAUGUCUCAGGUCACCUGCUGAGCACGGCAGAGGUGGAGUCAGCCUUGGUGGAGCACGAGGCGGUGGUCGAGGCAGCGGUAGUUAGCAGGCCGCACCCUGUCAAAGGGGAGAGUCUCUACUGCUUCGUCACGCUUACAGACGGAGUCAGCUUCAGCCGCACCCUGGAGGCCCAGUUAAAGAAACAAGUGAGAGAGAAGAUUGGUGCCAUUGCCACUCCAGACUUUAUACAGAAUGCCCCAGGCCUUCCCAAGACCAGAUCAGGUAAGAUCAUGCGGCGUGUGCUACGUAAGAUUGCCCGUAACGAGCAAGACCUGGGCGAUGUGUCCACGCUAGCCGACUCCUCGGUCAUCGAACUGCUCUUCCAGAACCGCUGCUGUGGCGCAAUGUGAGCUCACAACUACAGAGGAGGUCAGAGAGCCCUGACACUCUUACCGAGGCUAAACAGGAAGGAAGAGGACGAGGAGCAGAAGGAGAUGUAUAAAUGUAACUGUAGAGCCUUCACUGUGGGACUCAAGCCAACACUGGGGUUAAAGAAACACAACAAAAUCCCUCUAGUUUGUCAGAAGUUCAGUUCUCCCCUCUUAUGAAGUACACUUGAUGUACUAUUAGAUUCAAAAGUUUAAAAAAAAAAAAAAAAAUUCUCCAUUUGAACUAUGUAGACUUUUGUCAUUUUUAUUUCAUUGCCGUUUGACAAAGGAUCGCUAUGCAUGUUUGUCUGCACGCUUGAAAUGUUUUAAGUUGUUGAGAUGCAUUUUCCACUCCAUCUUUGUCUUCUAGAGGCAGAGGGGGCUUGUUAGUGUGUACGAGCAGAACUGCGCUGAACACUCCUCUUUCCUCUGUUUAGACUGGGUUGAUUGUAUUAGAAAUAAAUCCAAGGUCCCCCUUUGAAGAAAUAAAUGAAGGAUAACUGAAGCUUUCAAAAACCC